GAAAACCCUGGUAGUGAUCGCACCUGCACUCUCUCUCUCAUCACUGUCAAUUUCAUUUUCAACUCAACCUCUCACCAUCCAAACCCUAGAGCAACAGCAAUGUCGACUGCCUAUGGACUGCUCCGGGGUUCUAGGGCUUUGUUCGCCGCAGCGAGGUCCGCCGCGGGGUCUGCUGCUCCCAAGGCCGCAGCUCCCCCUAGCAAAAGAGCUCCCGCCGCCGCCGCUGCUCCCAAAGCAGCAAAGCCAGCUAAGCAAAAGAAGCCAACCCAGCCGUCUGGGAUAAUGAAGGCGAAGCCGAUAUCGCUGGCCCUCCAGGAUUUUGUGGGUGAGACUGAAAUUUCUAGGGUGGAGGCUGUGAAGAAAGUUUGGGCGUAUAUCAAGGCAAACAAUCUACAGAACCCGGUAGAUAGGAGGGAGAUCUUUUGCGAUGACACUCUCAAGAAGCUGUUUGAAGGAAAGGAUAAAGUGGGGUUCCUUGAGAUUGCUAAGCUGCUUUCCUCCCAUUUUGUGAAGUCGGCUUGAAUGCUGCUGGGGUUCAUUGUCCAAACCUCUGGAAGAAGUUGCUUCCAAGUUCUUACUUAACAUUUGUUUUUUGUGGAGACUUCCAAGUUAUGUUUCUAGCUUGACAAUGUAAAAAAAGUAGGAUGAUUUAAUCCAGUUAUGAAAUUCUCCUGC